AUAUUAUCAUAUCUUUAACAACGUCUUGAUGUAUGACAUGUAGUUUUAUUAUAUAUGUCACAAUUUGAUAAGGAUAUUUUCGGUUUCAUAAUUGUGCGGUUUAAGUCUGGAUAUACUGCAGGUCGACGUAUGUAACAUGCCAUCCCUGAAUACUCAGUUCACGGCAGUGCUCAAAAAAGCUCUUCUAAUGUGAAUCCCCUAAAAAUAUUCUGAAGCUCCGUAAAUUUGCUCAUCUUGGGACAUCUGCCAUUCAAGACAAAUGGACAUCUCUAGUUCAACUUCCCUUUCCUCCUCCCCUUCUCCUUCCUACACAUUUCCCGUUCUCCAUAAUUUCUCCCUUCCCUCCUCUUCCCCCUCUCUCUCUCCAUCCCCAAGCAUAGCAUCCACCGCUCUCUUCUGCCUUUUCCUAUCACUCCUGUCUCUGUUGGGAAUGCUGGGAAACCUAUACACUUUAGGUCUUCUUAUUCGGCGCCGCAGGACGUCAAGGCGGCGGCAUACAGCUCCCAUCUGUUGUUACAGCCUAUCCUGCCUCAGUCCCUCUUCUCCUUCUUUCUCUCCCUCCUCAUCCCCCACCUCUUCCUCCUCUUCUUCCUCCCUGCACUUACAGGUUCUAAGCCUGGCUUUAGCAGACCUGGUGUACCUCUCAACUGCCCCCUUUAUCGUGUACGACAGUUUGGCAUCUGACUGGGCCUUUGGAGAACUCGGCUGCCGGCUCCUGCUAAGUUUGGACCUGCUCACCAUGCACGCGAGCAUCUUCACCCUCACGGCCAUGAGUCUGGACCGGUAUCGAGCUGUGGCCGACCCGUUGGCAGCCUCCUCCACACCUUCAUCCGGACUGUUGAGAGUAGCUUUGGCCUGGGGCUUUGCCGUAGCUCUGAGUUUACCCAUGAUGAUCACUUUGCACCUUGAGGACGGAGAGAACCAAGAGGGCAAGUUGUGCGUGCCGGCCUGGGAUGAGCAGAGUUCCAAAGCCUACCUCAGUGUGCUCUUCUGCACCAGCAUCCUAGGCCCAGGACUGGCCAUCGGAGCUUUGUAUGCAGCCUUGGGGAGACUCUACUGGGUAUCUCAGACUCAACCAGCCUGGGCAGGAGGGGGAAACGCCUACCCGCCUCGUGCACCUCGCCCCAAAGUUCUGCUCCUCAUCCUGGGCAUCGUGAUAACGUUCUGGGCUUGUUUUCUUCCAUUCUGGAUAUGGCAGCUUCUGCCGCUCUACCGCCCAGAUGUGCUGCGUGCGGUGCCAGUGGGCACGCAGGUCACCGUCAAUCGCAUCCUCACAGGGCUUACUUACGGAAACUCAUGUGUGAAUCCGUUCUUCUACACGCUGCUGACAGGCAAGCGCAGACGGACCAGCAGAAAGACGAUAAGUGCAGCUGCCCCACUUUGCCAUAAAGGCAGCUCUGAUCAGCAGUGACAUUUGUUUUGGCCUCCAAUAAGUACAGUCUACAAAUCCCA